ACUUACUCUUGCCUCCCCGUCCAUUUCGGCUCACAACCUUCCGCAACCGCAUUUAAACGUCCAACCACAACACCCCACCUCACCAUCCCAACUCUCUUUCAGGGAUCUAUCCAUAUCCAACUCUCUCAGUAAACUCCAGGCUCAUUGAGCUCAGUAACCAUGUGUUCGACCGAUAUAUUCCUCGGUAUUCUGGCCAUCCUCUUCCCUCCACUAGCAGUCUGGGUCAAAUGUGGCAUCUGCUCCGCCGACUCAAUAAUCAACAUCCUGCUCUGCAUGCUCGGUUUCCUCCCCGGUCUGUUGCACGCCUGGUACAUCAUUGCGAAAUUCCCCGAUUGCGACCAAUCGUAUGAGCGCGUAGCGCAGGACGUCGAGAAUGGUCGCGUGACGUACGUCUUUGUCAAUGGGCAGCCACAGCAGCAGGGCGGCAGAGGCGCUCGACAACAGCAGCAACCGCAGCAACAACAGCCAAAACCCGUCUCGCCUGGGCAGCAUGGCGGUAUGAGCUAUGGCACCACGGCCAACGACGACAAUGAGCACAGGCCAUCGCCGACGGUGGCUGAGGCGGGAAGUAGUAGUCAUGGAGAUUCUGGGAGGGCGCCGCCAUCGUACGCGGAGGCUGUCCAGGGCGACCACAAAGUGCAGACUAAAGACUAGAAGUAGAUGGUGGGUCUAGAGUUGCGAUCAGGUAGACCUUUCUUAUCACUUGAGUGCUUGCUCAGGGAGGCGGGAGUAUAUUAGUCAGGGGACAGGAGGGAGCAUUUGCAGUUCGUAAACUUCAGUGUCCCGGUUUGAAUUCGAGAGCGCUUGGGAUAUUAUGGCGUAAGGGGAAAGAAACAAAGGAAUGACGUCAAGAAGGCACUGGCUGCCGUUGGUACGAACGGCUAGGAGGCCCAUUAGCUCACCAAUGCGGAAAACCUGCGGAGGCACCGACAGGAUUUUGGCCUUUGCGACAGUCAACAUCAUAGGUACAGGAUUGGCGUUGGUCGUAUAGUGUGUGUAUGCUACUUUUUGGGCUUUUGUUGUCAGAUUCUAGGAAUCGAGAUCACUUUUGAGUAACUUCAAGUCUCAUGAACCGCACUUAGUCUCC